CAAUCGAACUAAAACCUGACGUCCUAUCAAAACCCCCUACAACUGGAGAUGACAAGGAAGCAAGAUCAAAAGCCCCUGAAGGAAGGAUAGAGGCUCUCUGUCUCUUCAUCGCUGAGGUCAAGUCUCUAUAUUCCAACCUAAAUAAAGUCCGAUUGAAUAUGUCGGCGCUAUGUGGUGAGGUGCCUAGCAUAGUUUCCCUUGAGGAGAUAGAUGUGAACAAGAGAACUAUAGAUGCCGCGAUAGAGGAGAUCUAUAAACAGUUGACAGAGUUGGAGGCCGAGAGGUAUCGUCUCAUGGCUAUAGAGAAGGGAUAUCUGGGUGAUGAUGAGGAUAACAUAGCAAUUGAGUGGUCUUGA